AUGGAGGAUAUUUCACUUGAUCAAUAUAUAAAAAAUAAUAAAUCAAGCCAAAGUGGUGGUAGAGCCCGUAGAUUUAAUAAUACAGAUUCCCCAAAAACUUUUCAAAGAAGAAUAAAUAUUAGAAAUAAUUUUAAGAAUGAGUCAUCACCAGUUAAAUUUACAGCUAGAUUAGAUACAACAUCAAUAAAUGGUGGUGGUGGUGGUAGUAGUGGUGGUGGUGGCAGUGGUAGUACAAAACCAUUAAGAAGGAUACCAGUUAGAUCUCAUAAUACAACCACAACCACUACUACCACAUCAUCAUCAUCAUCAUCAUCAUCAGCACCACCACCAUUAAAGAUUACAAUUCAAAACAAUACAACAACAACUAAAAAAGAGGUAAGAGAAAGACAAGAUACUCCAUCAAGAUUUGAUAAUAAUAAUUUACCAAGAAUUAGAAUUACAAAAACUGUAGAUAGAAAUUCAUCAUUAUCAAGACCAAUAAUUAGAUCAAGUAGAAAUAAUUUUGAUAGUCGUAUCAGUAGUGGUGGUAGAAGUAUUAGUAGUAGAUAUAGUGUUGAUAAUGGUAGUAGUGGCAGUGGUGGUAGUAGAAUUAAUAUUCGUCGUAAUUCAUAUGAUAGUGAUCACUCAACUGGUAGUGGUCCAACUCUAUUUGAAAGACGUAAUAGUGGUGGUGGUGGCUAUAAUGGACCAACAGGAAAAAGUUUACAAUUAUUUACAGGUUCAAGAUUAAAUAUUUCAAACCUUCAUCAUGCUAUUAGUGAAGCUGAUCUCAAGGUUUUAUUCGAUUCUUUAGGUGAAAUUAAACAAAUUAAAAUUCAUUAUGAUCAUAGUGGUAGAAGUGAUGGUACUGGUUAUGUCAUCUAUUCAAGACACAAUGAUGCAAUGGCUGCCUUAAAGAAAUACAAUGGUGCUCAAUUAGAUGGUAGAACUUUAAAAAUUACAACUGGACCAUCUUUACAAGAGGAUGUAAGAAAGAAUUUUUAA